GGAAAGCGCAGAGGAAUUUUCACCAAUGCACAAGGAAAGUGAAUCUUCAGGUGAUGAGCAGGACGAUCCAGAGGACAUAGGAUUGAGGGAACGAAUAUUGUCUCGAAGGCACAAGUCAUUGUGGGACAUCACUUCUUCAUCGUUUGCGACAGCGGCUCACCCACCAUUAAAUUUACUAUCUGCGUCUGCGCCGGAUUUAUCUCACCGCCAGGAAGCGAACUUUCGUUUGUCAGCUGACUUCCGGACAAGCAUGAAAGAACUAGAGAUGUUAAAGGAUCAGUUGUUAAAAGCAGCAGCCCCACUAGUUACUCCAGAUGUGGCUUUGGAGACGACUCAUAGCCAAGUCACCAAAACAUUGGCCACAGAAAAUAUUCUCAAGAUAUCGUUGCCUGAUGAGUCGCAAAAGCAUGCAAGCUUUUUAGGUUUCGGAUGUACCCCAAAACCCGUCAUGAAAUAUGUCCACUCGCAUAAGAAGAAAGCCAAGAAAAAGAAGAGGAUUCUAGAUCCAGCGAAGCUGCAAAUUGUACUUCAGCAGCUGAACCAACCACCAGGAAGGCUUGAAAGAUCUGUUUCACUUGUAAGACUGCCUGCCAAUGACAGACAAAAUCGUGGGCUUGCUCUUCGUCCCCGGAGUGGCAGCUUACCAAAGCAACUGGACUUUACUACCUUUCUUAAAACCCAUGGUGCUGUACUUUCUGCCAAUGAAGAGCGUGAAUGGGUAAGAGAAAUCUGGAAUGAAUGGUUUGAUGAAGUCUUCCCCCCGAGUCGUGCCUCAGUGGAAGAAGCUGAAGUACAAUUUAACGUGAACGUGAAAGAUCUUGAUGAACGGGGUGGAAUGAAGGAAGUCUUAAUGAAUUUAGCUCAGCAUUCGGUACCACCGCUUCUGAGAGAAGACCCAACAGUAACUGUCAAAGAUCUGGAGACAGAGAUUUCACAUCUUACACUCUUAAUCGAAGAACAGGCGAAGCCCUCCGUGUUUCACUGCUGCCGACGGGGCGCACUCAAUAGGAAAUUGGGGAAUUUGAGCUUGGCCCUUCAAGAUCUUGAUUUGGUUAUAAAAGAGGAACCGCAAUUGCUCGAUGCCUAUUGGCACCGGCAUUUAAUUUACCUGGCACAAGGGAAGAGCAGCGAGGCUUUGGAUGAUCUAAACACCAUCCUUAAGUACAACAAGUCCUUUGCCGACGCCUACCUGUCCAAAGCUGAAAUUUUUAAACAAAGAAAGGAUUUCACAAUGUCCAUCCUCAACUACAGCCAGGCUCUAAAAUAUCGUCCCACAGAUGAUGACGUUUAUUUCCGCCGUGCACAGAUGUACGAGGCUCAGGAUGAUAUUCUUAUUGCCAUGGAUGACUAUGCAAAGUGUUUCCACCAUAAUCCCAACCGUACGGAUGCCAUUAUGAAACGUGGCUCAUAUUAUUUUGAGAAUGGCAACUGGACAUCUGCUGCACAGGACUUUACUGCCCUCAUCCAGCAGGACAUCCACAAUGUACAGGCAAGGAUUUACCGUGGGAGAGCGCACACCCAGCUAGCCCAUCACUCAGGGGCUGUAGAAGAUUUUUCAGCAGCUAUUCACCUGGAUCCCAAGAACUGGUUGGCUUUCUAUUAUCGUGGAUGUUUGCUGCGCAAACGUUACCCAUACCAGGCACUUCAGGACUUCAGCAUUUCUGUGCUUCUUAAUAAUACAUUUGAGAAUCUGAAAGCGUUUCUCCACCGUGGGAUCCUCUAUACAGACUUGGGCUUGUGGGCUGAAGCAGCAUUUGACUUUGAAUGUGUUCUCGCUCUCGAUAGGACUAUUGCUUUGGCCCACGUGAAUCUGGGUCUGAUUUCUCUGCAGCAUCAGAAUCGUGAUCCUCAAGCGAUCCGUCACUUCUCGGCAGCGCUAACAGUAAAUCCCAUUUACGUCCGAGCGUACCUGUGCCGGGCUCAGGCUUUCCAAAAGAUAGGUGAUUUGCAAAGUGCUUUAAGAGAUAUCACACGUGCUAUCCAUUUGUGCCCAGACUCCCCUCAACUCUACAUCUUAAGGGGACAAUAUCUGUGUGAGAUGAGGAGAUAUGACCUUGCGAGCUUCUGUAUUCACCAUGCUGCCCAGAUGACUGAAGGUUUGUCACCAGUUCAGCAAGCACUGGUCCAGUCCUUCCUCCGCCAACACAGCAGCGCCAUUAAAUGCUUAGUAUCUGCUGUCAAAGACAAGCCAGAUCCCGUCCUGAUGACCUUGCUUGGGAAAACUGAGAUGAAAGCCAAGAAAUACAAGGAUGCUACAGAAAGCUUCAGACAAGCGCUGGAUAUUUUCAGUUCUUCUGCGUCCGAAACGUCCGCAUCGGAAAAAGCAGAGGUUUGCUACCUUUUGGGUCUGUGCCACAUGGAGCAGUUUCAUUUCUUACAGGCGAUCGAUGCCCUUACCGGUGCGGUAAAAGCUCGCCCAGAUUACUGCGACGCAUAUCAUCAACGCGGGCUCUGCCGCAUGCGUCUUCAACAAGUCAAGUGCGUGCAGGACUUCAACAGAGCUCUCCAAAUCAACCCCAAUCAUUUUCAGGCCUAUUUGUCCCGUGCGGCUUUCUAUGGGAUCAGGAAGAGAUACUCCAAAGCCAUAAUGAACUGCAACGCGGCAAUCAAAGUACAACCAAGCAGCGUAAGAGCUUAUCUAUACAGAGGAGCCUUAAAAUACCACAUAAAGGCAUACAAACUAGCAGUCCAAGAUUUAUCGGAAGCUGCGGAACUGGAUCCAUCAUGCUCUCUAGCGUAUUAUAAUCGAGGAGUAUGCUAUCAUCAGACAAAGAGGUUUGACGAGGCUCUUAAAGAUUAUGGCAUUGCAUUGCUCCUUGGAGGAUGGAAGGAAAUAGAGAUCAAAGUUCUUGUGAACCGUGGCUUACUUUAUCUUCAGCUUCACGAUCAUUCCAAUGCAUUGGAGGAUUUUAAAGCUGUUGCUAUGAAAACUCCAGAAGAUGUAAAGAUCCAACACAUAAUAGGAAACUGCUACCACAGGCUGCAGCAGUACGAGGAAGCCGUACAAGCAUUCAACCAGCUGCUGAAACUGAACCCGCUGUCUCCGGCAGGGCAUAUCGCCCGCGGCAACGCGUACAUGGAAUACGGCCACAAAAACGCCACGGAGCGGGCCCAGAGGGAUUUUAUUAAGGCUCUACAUUUAAACCCCGGGAGUACCGCCGCUCGGAUUUGUCUGGGGUACAACCUACAGGCUUUGGGUUUCCACCAGCGAGCAUGGAACCAGUUCACGGUUGCGCUGGAUAUCGAUGCUCACAGUAUGCUUGGAUUUGAGGGCCGCUCAAUUGUGAACCUGCAGAUGGGAGACACCUUUGCUGCUCUCCAGGACAUGAACGCUGCUUUAAAACUUGGUGUCACCGCGCAACUGCUAACAAACCGUGGCGUGAUUCACCAGUUUAUGGGGAAGUUACCCAACGCGAUGAAAGAUUACCAAUCAGCAAUUACUGCAGAUCCCGAUUAUUCAUUGGCUUAUUUCAAUGCAGCAAACCUUUACCUGCACAAUCGACAGUUCUCCCAGGCCAGAGAAUACUACUCUCAAGCAAUACAAAGGGACCCUGGGAAUGAAUCUGCUUUCCUGAACCGCGGCAUCACAAACAUGCUGCUCCAGAAUUUUCAGGGAGCGCUGGACGACUUUCAGAGGGUCCUAGAUAUCUGCCCCGUCUCCUCUUCUGCCUACUUUAAUCGCGCUACUUUAUAUAACGCUUUACAACGUUACCAGCAGGCUGAGGAUGAUAUAACCCAGGCUUUAACUCUACAACCAGGAGAUCCCUUAAUGUACAAACUAAGGGCAGACAUCAGAGGGAAAAUAGGAUUACAGCAAGAAGCCAUCAAGGAUUACGAGCAAGCUGUAACUCUACUGCAAGGAGAUGACCUUUCAGAUCAGCUUAAAUGAACGCUUGGUUUCAAACAGAUACGUCUACCAUGUGCCUAAAAUCCCGCCAAACCAGACGCAUGUCUACUGGACCUUGCACAUCUAAAACUU